AUGGAUGUUCCUGUCGCUGCUAAUGUGCUAGGCACUCUAGGAGCCGUCUGCUGGUCGAUCCAGUUGAUUCCUCAGAUUGUCGUUAAUUACCGUCGGCAUAAUGCGACUGGCCUGCAGCCAUCUAUGAUGAUGCUCUGGGCCUGGGCGGGUGUUCCUCUUGGUGUCUACAACAUCGUCAAGGAGUACAACAUCGCCCUGCGCAUUCAACCUCAGAUCCUGACGCUUUUGAGUCUGGUCACUUGGAUUCAGUGCUAUUACUAUGAGAGGAAAUGGAGUGUAUACAGAUCACUCCUCGUCGUCGUCCCAAUUGCAGCCGUCAUGGGGGGCAUUCAAGCAGGCUUAAUCAUUGCCCUCCGCAUCCCCGAGUCCAAAGACAUUGAAUGGCCCAUGAUCCUCAUGGCUUCUCUUUCUGCAGCCCUUCUCGCGGCGGGUGUGCUGCGUCACUACUGGGACAUUUGGGUUCACCGAACAGUGCGCGGCAUCUCGUUCCUAUUCGUGGCCAUCGACGCAGCUGGCGAUGUCUUUUCCCUCGCGUCUGUAUUCUUCCAGCCGGAACUUGAUUACCUCGGAAUCGUCAUCUACGCCACAGAGUUUGUUCUCUGGUGUGGUGUCUUUGCCUGCGGAGGAUACUACAACUUCCUCCCGUGGAUCAAGAAGAGGUGGUCGACCAGGGAGUCCAAGAGAGUUGUUGCGCAAGAAUGCCAGUCAAGCGGAGGGUCUCAUGAAGGAGAGAAUGGCAUCACGCUUCAUGAGAAUCCUUCGUCAAGCUCUGUCUUCCGCACUGCGUCUGGGAAUUCAGGACUCAGGGCUCGCAAUGCCCAGGGCCGUGAUCCACAGGAUGUGGAGUGA